AUGACACAAAUAGAUGCCCAAGAGCAGAUACCUCUGCGCCUCAUCACUCUCAAUAUACGAUACGCAACAACGAGUCCGGCAGCGGAGGAGAAGCCGUGGGAGAUACGCCGUCCAAAGCUGUGCUCUCAACUCAGUUUCGUCACACAGGGCCAUGAUAAUGCGUUUGUGUGUCUACAGGAAGUCCUUCACGCUCAACUGGUUGACAUUCAGGAGAGCCUAGGUAGUUCCUGGGCUUCCAUUGGCCGGGGCCGUGACGACGGAGUGGCCGCCGGGGAGUUCUCCCCUAUCUUCUACCAGCCAAGCAAAUGGCAAUGUGAACGACAGCGGAUGUACUGGCUCAGCGAGACGCCCGAUAAGCCCUCUCGAGGAUGGGAUGCCGACCUCAACCGUGUGGUGACUGUCGGUAUAUUCCGGAGCCAGCUCAGCGCUGCCCGUGUCAUUGUCAUGAGCACCCACUUUGACCACCGGGGGACCAAGGCUCGAAUCGAAAGCGCCAAGCUGAUCCUCGACAUCGCCGAGAUGUGGACGCAGGAAUACGGAAACACACCAGUCUUUCUUGGGGGGGAUCUCAACAGCACUCCGGAUGAUGGCGGCUACAGGACCAUCACCUCACCGCCAAGGGGCAUGGCAGACAUAUCGGAACUGGUGUCCAGUGAACGGAAGUACGGGAACCACGACAUUACAUACACUUCGUUCGGAGAGCCGAAUGAGACACCCCAAAGGAUUGACUUCCUAUUCGUCAAGGAAGCCGGCAGCCGAUCCGAUUUUCUCACCUUUGGGAUCCUCGCUAAUCGGUUUGAUGACGACAUUUACUUGUCGGAUCACCGGGCGGUUGUCGCUGAUGUGUCACUCCUCUUGUAG